GAAUACGCUGCCUACGAAUCGCACCUGCUCCUCCUCAACGGACGGUACCGCUUCGUGCGCAACAUCCAGAACGGCGCCUUCGGCAAGGUGUCGCUUGCCGUCGACACCGUCUCCAAUACCCACGUUAGCAUCAAGGCCAUCUCCAAAGUGCUGCCUGCCAAACGACUUCCUGGCGAGAAAACGCUCCUGGAAAUUGCCCACCUGGAAAUCGCCAUUCUUCGCACCCUCAACCUGCAACUGGCUGGGUCUAAGUACGACAACGCCAACAUCUGCAAACUCCUCAGCUCGUUCGAAACCGAAGACUUCAUCGUGUUGGUGCUCGAGUACUGCUCCAACGGCGACUUGUACGACUUGAUCCACGAGAGGUCGUUGUCGAUCAGCGAGAUCUUGAAGUUGGCCAACCAGAUGAACAACGCCAUCCAGUUUGCCCACGACAACUCGGUGUACCACCGCGACUUGAAGCCUGAAAACAUCUUGAUCGAUGACCAGUUCAACUUCAAGCUCUGCGACUGGGGCUUGGCCACCACCUCCAGGUACUGCGACGAGUUCCACGUCGGCACCGAGAAGUACAUGGCCCCAGAGUGUCUCCUCAAGGACAAGUCUGCUGACGGCAAGUACGACUGCACGUUUGCAGACUACUGGUCGUACGGUAUCACCAUGUUGACCGCGGUGUUCGGCACGUCCCCAUUCAAAGAACCUUCCAACACCAAGCCGGUCCUGUCCGACUACAACUUCAAGAACUUUGUGUUGUUCAACAACCCAUACAUCUUGUACGACAUUUACCCCUCGAUGAACUCCAACUGCUUCGACAUUUUCAUGAACAUUUUGAAGGUUGGAAGUGACGAGGACGACGCUAACAACUUCUCAGCCAAGGCCCACUCUAGAGACAUUGCCCAGUUUCUCCUGGAAUUGAACACUAAGUGGGUACACGGCUUGACUGUUGACGACGACUUUGACGAAGAGAACGUGCAGCUGCAAAUUGACAGUGGAGUUCUUAUUCCUCAUAAUCAUGAUGUGUUUGAUAUGGAUCAUGAUGACUUAAAAUUCUUCUCCAUCGAUACCAAGCCCUCGUCCGUGGAGGACGAAGACGAGUUCGAUGACGAGGAGUAUGAAUUGGUCGAGUACAACAAUGCUUCUUCCAACAUCCCAAUUGCUUCUCCCAAGAAACAGGAGGUGUCCUCUCAGAGCACUCAGCCAAGCAUGAAACUUCCAUCCUUGGUGGAGUCCUCGAUCAAGUCCUCUGUUUCGUGGUGUGAUCUAGAUGAUGAAGAC